GCACCCGAGGUGCGUGGCAGCGUGUGCGAAGGCCCCUCUGCUGUGCUCUUCGUGGUGGUGGGAGCGGCCCCCUCCCCUGCCACCAGGAGGCCGCCCAGGAGGGACCAGAGCCACAGCCGGCAGCGGUCAGCAGGGAUGAGAAGCCAGGAGAGUGUGAGGGGCGGCCCGCGGCAGGGCCUGGAAUGGGUGGGCAGAGGCAGCCGGAAGGUCUUGCGCAUCUGGUUCGGCAAGAUGUCGGUGAAGGAGGGCGCGCAGCGCAAGUGGGCGGCGCUGAAGGAGAAGCUGGGGGCCCAGGACUCGGACCCCACGGAGGCCAACCUGGAGAGCGCCGACCCCGAGCUGUGCAUCCGGCUGCUGCAGAUGCCGUCCGUGGUCAACUACUCGGGGCUGCGCAAGCGUCUGGAGAGCAGCGACGGCGGCUGGAUGGUGCAGUUCCUGGAGCAGAGCGGCCUGGACCUGCUGCUCGAGGCCCUGGCGCGCCUGUCCGGCCGCGGGGUGGCCCGCAUCGCCGACGCCCUCCUGCAGCUCACCUGCAUCAGCUGUGUGCGCGCCGUCCUGAACUCGCAGCGGGGCAUCGAGUACAUCCUCAGCAACCAGGCCUACGUGCGCCAGCUCUCCCGGGCUCUGGACACAUCCAACGUGAUGGUCAAGAAGCAGGUGUUUGAGCUGCUGGCUGCCUUGUGCAUCUACUCGCCCGAAGGCCACAUGCUGACCCUGGACGCCCUGGACCACUACAAGACCGUGUGCAGCCAACAGUACCGCUUCAGCGUCAUCAUGAAUGAGCUCUCGGACAGCGACAACGUGCCCUAUGUCGUCACCCUGCUCAGUGUGAUCAAUGCCAUCAUCCUGGGCCCCGAGGACCUCCGCACCCGCACCCAGCUGCGCGGGGAGUUCACCGGGCUGCAGCUGCUGGACAUUCUGACACGUCUGCGGGAUCUGGAGGACGCCGACCUGCUGAUCCAGUUGGAGGCCUUCGAGGAGGCUAAGGCCGAGGAUGCGGAGGAGCUUCUGCGCAUCUGCGGCGGCGUCGACAUGAACAACCAUCAGGAAGUCUUCACUUCUGUGUUCCACAAGGUGAGCUGCUCCCCGGCGUCUGCCCAGCUGCUGUCCGUGCUGCAGGGCCUGCUGUACCUGGAGCCCACCCUGCCCUCCAGCCAGCUGCUCUGGGAGGCUCUGGAGAACCUGGUGAACCGGGCCGUGCUCCUGGCCAGUGACGGUGAGCAGUCCGGGAAUGCACCCUGGAGGAGAUGAUGGAGCGGCUUCUGUCCGUCAAGGGGCGGCCACGCCCCAGCACCCUGACCAAGGCCCACAAGAGUGUCCAGGCUGACCUAGGCCAGGGUCGGAGGGGCAGCGUGCCCCAAAACAGCGGCGCCCCCCAGGCGGGGGUGGGGAGCCC